AUUAUGCUGGAGUGUUUACAAAUUUCAUAGGAAGUCAAUGUUUGUAAAUUUCAUUUUAAUUUGUUAUGCCUACUAUUGUUAUUAGUCGUUUUGUUGCCUGUAAAUUCUGUUAUAGAUCUAGUAGCAAGAUGAACCAAACAUUUAAGUGGAAUUGAAUCAAUGAUAAACAGCUCAUGGCAACUGUUUUGUGAAAUGGAUCGUAUUUCAUCUCAAAGAGAUUUUGAUUUUUUGGCCGAAUUCCAACAUGCCAGUGCUAAUUUCCUGUCUAACCCGAUCUCGGCGGAGCAAUCGAUUCCUGCUUUUGCUAACCCAGGUCCCAUGAGCUCACCUGGACAGGUAGAGUUCCGAUCCCUGUCUGCUUUCACCCACCCCCUGGGGACCCAGUACUCAAGCAGCUAUGAACUUGGUGUUGCCGACAGAUACCAGACGCCCAGCUACACCUCCACUUUCAUUGUUGACGACGCUUUCUCGCCACUAUGUCAGCUGCCAGGCCACCCACUGGGUCAGCAGUAUCCAGUGUCUUUGCCGAGUCCGACGUCACCGAUGCUCCCGCCAAAGCACAGUUCUCAGUCCUCGCCCAUGAUCAAAGUGCAGAGACAGAGCCCACAGCUCUCUCACCUACAGAGCAAGAUGACCUCAUUGUCAAGUGUCCCUUCAUUGAGCCCACAAAAUCCUUCCAUUUUUAGUUCUCAGAACUCCCCUCUUUAUAAUUCACCCCUAAGCAAUGCUAGUUAUCCACUUUCUUCAAAUCAGUGCUCCCAGCGCAACGACCCACCAUUGGGCAAUAUGCACAUGUCAAUGAUCAGCAGCUCAUUUAGUCCACACCCAUACAGCUCUCAAGCAACCUCUUCACUGUCCUCCCACAGAGUGCCCAGUAGCAAAGUUGGGACAAGGGAGGAUAACUCUUAUGUAAACCACCAAAGGGCAGUUCAGCAAAGAGAUUCUAAAAUCAGUGGAAAAAGUCAAAAUCCAGCUAGUCACUAUUCCCCUUCAGCAAUAUCCCCUCACCAAGCAUCAUCAUCAUCUUCUAGUCAACAAGCUAGAUAUCAGUUAAACGGAUCUCAGAGAAUGUCCCAGACAAUGGCUGGGAUGUCCGCUCCCCUACCAAGUCAAACUGCAAUGUCUUCAAGCUACCCGCACCACCGCACUAGUCAGAGCAGACCUGCAGCCAGCGCUUCAUCCAGUGCCGCCCACAACUCCACUCACCGUCCCAUGGCUAAACACUCACCUUUACCUUUAGAAACACUUAGAAAAGCUGUCAGAGACAUGUCUAGCUAUUCACCCCAAUCUUUAACAGCUAAUGCAAAUACUACUUCACCUUAUGAUAGGAGAGACCUUACAAAUGGGAGUGGGUGUGACCCAUAUGCUUAUAAUGCUUUUUCCAUAUUUUCAUUAAAUGGCCACCAAUCAAAUCCUUCGCAGGGUAGGGGGGUGCCAGCAGGAGGACGGGGGAGGGGCAGUGAGUUGAUGAACCCAGCCCAGUGGUACAAAAGCCCUGAGUCCUCCUACCAGUCUGACAUAGAAGCCAUGCAAGCAGAUGCUGCUGAAAGCAAUAUGAACUCACACUUGAGAAAAUCUGCUGCAAAUGCCAGUUUAGACGAGAAGCCAAUUGUGUCUCACGUGGGGGUAGAGAAAAAAUCUGGAAUCAGCGCAUCAAAGGCAGCAGCAUUGGCAGCUAUACAGAAGGAGCAGGAGAUGGUGGAUAGCAUCAACAAAGCUAAAAUUCCCAAACCCAACCCCCCAUCCACAAAUACGAAUAAUUCAGUGCCACUCAAAUCUUCUGAGGGGAAUAAACAACCUGCUAGAGGUGUUCCAGAAAUUUCAAACCAAGUUUCAAGUCAAAAUAAAAACUCUAAUACAAAUACCUUUAGUUCUUCUAAUGGCCAAAGCGUGGGGCAAGUCAGAAAUACUACGACCUCACUCCCUAAUUCAGGCUCUACUCCUUUGUCUAAUGGGAACAAGACAUCAAGACCAGCCUCACAAAAUAGUUUGUCUGCAAUCUUGAGCGGUGAUUCUUUUUCUGAUGCAGUCAUUAAUCCUCAAACUAAUAGAAGCAUGACAACCUCCAUUAAGACUAGGCCAUCAAAUUCACUGCAUUCAGAUACUGACGGAUCACAAGCCAUGUCUAUAUGCCAACCUACUGAGUGGCAGAAAACCCAUAACAUUGGUCAUGUAGAAUCUAACUCCUCUAGAAGCAGUAGUGAUGGACCGAAACCAGAUGACGCACAGUCCCAGGCCAGCAGUCAUUCAGACAGAAAGACACUAGCGGCCAGAGAAAAGGUCUUUAACAUGUGGAAAGCUGGUCAGGUUGUGGGGAGGUCUCCAGUGGUGGGGAGAGGAAAAACCAAAGGUAGUCUGUCCACCUCACCUGUCAGGCUUCCACCCAAUCCACAGGCACCUGCAGUGGUCAACCACCACAGCCCAGCUCGUCCAGGGCCACAAGAUAACAGAAACAUGGAGUGUAGUCCGCAGAAUAAUAAUAGAACUGGCGUACAGAAUAUGGCUUUGAAAAACAUGCGUUAUGUUAUGUUCCAUGGUCACAAGUUAAUAUGCCUGAUUUCCUGCAAUGAAUCUGUCCUGUUGUUCUGUCAGUUCCAGUUUGAGUGCUUCCCUGAUAAGGGGAUGGGCAGUAUAAACAACUGCAUUGACCGCGCAUUAAGGAUCAAGAAGAAGUGCUUAGACCACCCAGAUAAAGAAAGAAUUAUAGCAUUUCUCAAACAGAAUGGGUACAGUGUGUCCAACUCUGUACAGACAAUAAACUUGGACGACGCCAGGCGAGUUUAUCACCACAUGUAUAAGAUAACAUCCUGCUCACCCGCUACGUGUGUUGUUGAGCUCUCGGAACACACAGUUGACCUCGACACCGUGAAAUUACCAUCUAGGAAGCGAGCCCUGGCCAGAGAGAUGAUGAUGGGGGUGAAGAAAGAAAAGUCAUCUGAUGACACCAGCUAUGGGAGAUAUUCUCCAAAGUCCAGCCGCAUGUCUCCUGUGGGGGCCCAGCACUGGCAGAGUGGCAUCGAGGACCUCACCAGAAGUCUGGUGAACCCAUCAGACUCCACACUGACAGCAUCCGCAGCUCCUGAGGAUACAUUAAGCCUAGGGAGUGAUCAUACGGAGGUGUAUGGGCAAAGUAAAGAUUUGGAUCGCACGCAGGAUGUCAUUCUUGUUGAAGCUAUUGAGGAUCCUUAUAAAAUAACAUGGACACCUGACACCCCAAAAACUGGAGGUCUCUGCAACACCAUGGUCGGGCAGCUGAGGUCAUAUCGCCAUCAAGGUGAAAAUUACCUGGUCGUAGAAGACCUCUGUAAGAUAUUUACUUCCUCUGAAUUCUACGACAGCGUGGAGAAAGAAAAUAUAAUCCUGUACAGCUGCUGCCCUGAGAUCGCAUCUUUCCUAAGCUCUAUCCACUCUAGUCACCCCCCACUCAAGUCUCUGAGACAGAGCCUGGUCAAAGAAAAAGACAUAGGGGUCCACAUAACUGAUGACAACUAUCUCAGUUCCUCUUCUGAACUUGGUGCUGCAGGAAAAGGUUUGGCUAAAAUCUGCAAGCAAGAGAUAUUAGAGCACUACGCCAGCUCACCAAAGAGGAGGCGCCUGGACACGUCAGAGGGUGAGGAAGACAUGGAUGAGAGUUUGGGAACAGCUGCCAUUGAAACCAAUGUAGAAUCUUUACCAGCUGUUCAACAAGCUGACAUCCAGGAUGGUGGGGAGAAAGAGAAUGUCCCCUUUACUAUUUCCACAUCCCUUUCAUUUACUUCAGAUGUUACUGAUAUUUUAGAUAAAAAUACAGAAUCAAGAGAGGUGGAUGAUUCUCAGAAUGAAGUUAGUGAACAGGGAUCAAAGACAGACGAAGAUGGCAGUGUGCUUUCUACCGUUGCACUCACAGAGUUUAGUGCAGAUCCUGAUCUGAAUUUUAACAAUGCUUCUUUUGUGCCCCCAAGCAGUUUAAGAGAGGUAUUAAGUUUGUCAUCAAUAGUUAGUAAACAUAUUUCAUCAAGGGCUGCAAAUAAUCAUGUACAGAAUACAACAGAGGAAACACAAGAAAGGGAGACAACACAUGAAAGUAACUCACUACAAACAGUAACAGUAGAAAACAAUGAAACCAACCCCAUUUUAUUAAAAGAGGGUGAACCCCAAUCCCCUUAUGCACAAUCUACUGAUACUUUUAGUGAAGGAGCUGAUGUCCAGGUUUCAUCAGUUGUAACUUGCUACGCCACUGAAACAAGUUCAGUCAUCAAGGAUCCGUCUGCUUGUCUAAACUCUGACGAGACCAAUGAUGAAGAUUCAGAAAUACCUUUAACCACAGCAGGUGAAUCCUCGCUUGGGAUGGACACAGCUAGCUUAUGCAACGGUGAUCACAGUGCUAGAAACCAGGAUUUAGAAGAUAAUAAUUCUAUGCAGACCUCCAGCAAUGAUGCAACAAGUUUAGACAUAAAUCCUGAUCAUCCUAUUCCAGAGGGAGAGACAUCAGACCAAACUUUUAGCAGCCAAUUACAACAUUUAAACAUGCCACCAUCAGAUGAAGCUUCACCGCCUGACAAUACCUUAACAUUGGAACACAAUAUACCUGAUGAAGAAAAUGAAUCUAUUAUCUCUAAACUUGAAACCCUAUCAAAUGAAAUUUCAGCAGCUAAUGAUUGUGAAGACACUGGGAAAAGCCAAGCUUCCACUAGUGUGUCUCAGCUCAGUGUAGAAUCCAGUUGUUCUACGUUUGUUGAGAGGCUGAAGAAAAGGCUGGCAAAACGUCCAGAGAACUCAGACUCGAGGGCUGCUCUGCCAUCUACUUCUGCAACAUCCACAGUAACCCAGGCGUCUAGACCUGCUGCAGCACCGCGGUUCAGAUCUUUUGAUGAUCUUGAACUGAUGACUUCUACAAGUAAAGAUCCUUUGGCGGCAGCACCAGGGAGUGAGACCAGCUGUAGAAAAGAGUUGCUCGCAGGAUUUUCUAAGUUGAGAAAUCAAAAUAAAGCUCUGAUAAAUAUCUUGCACAUAUUGAGGAAAGAACUUGCAAUCACCAAAGAGAGCAAAGAAAAGCUGGAAAAGGAUUUAGAAAAAUGUGAACAUACAAUUAGCUACAUGACCAGAUCCUUUAGCUGUGAGAAGGAACCUACCAUAGUUAUUGAUGAUGAUGAUUAAUCCAACUUGACAUGCUGUUAAGUCUUGACUACAUGAUGGGACAGAACUGCCGCCAAGACGUGCAUACUGGCAACUUGUUGCUAAAUCUGACUACCUCACUGUAAACACAGUUUGUUUACACUGUUUAAGAAUAUUUAUACCAGUGUUGUUUUUUUGUGAGAGGGUGGGGGGAAAAGUGGGGAAAUAAACAUAAAUAUAUGAUAUUUUAUUUAACAGAUGCAAGAAAAAAUGAUUUUUAUAAGAAUAAUAUAAAAUGAGUGAAAAAAAGGUUUGAACUGAGUAAUGACAAGAAUUUGUGGUAUGAAAUUUAGAAUCAUUGUCCAUGAAUCUUCCAGGCAAUCAUCCUUAUUUUUUUUGUUCUGUGAUUUUUAUUUAAUGCUUUAAAUGCAAUUUUUACUUUAAUACGUUGGAUAAUUUUAGAUUUUUAUUCUAAUACAAUAUGUACCCUUAGAAAAUACUUUUUUUAAAUAUGAAGUAAGGGAUCAUCCAUUUAUGAGGUCCCCUUCUCCCUCCCCUGGAUGUGGAAAUCCACAAAUUUGAUAUGACAGUCUUCACAAAAAGUACUUCCCGCAUACUUUAAUACCAUGUAAUGUGUAUGUGUGCUUUGCAUUUAAAAUAGGUUCUAGAAUGUAGUGAGAAAAACUAAAAAUUU